AUGGGGAACAAAUAUCUACUCUCAAUCACCUCCAUCAGCCUCAUUAGUGCGGUCGCAGCUUCUCAAGCUGUGAACUGUACCUUUGAUGCCGUUUCUGCCAUGAUGCCUACGGGCGUCAGUCUUUCAUUCGCUCAAAUGAUCCAUGAAAAUGGAACAUUCACCGUCCCAGCAGCAGACACAGGAUGGCCCACUAAUCCCACUAAACUCCCUGAGCUGUGUGCAAUUGGAGCGACGGUUCCUGGAAAUAAUUCAAACGCUACAUAUGGGUUUGGACUGUUCCUUCCCAAGAAGUGGAAUGGUCGAACAAUGACGGUGGGAAACGGUGGUCUUGCUGGAGGCGUGAAUUGGUUGGAUAUGGGAACUGGAGUUCGAUACGGCCAUGCGACAAUCUCUACUGAUACAGGACAUAAUAGCACCAGUACGGAGGCCUCAUGGUCUUAUCAGAAUUCUCAGAGUCAGACUAAUUGGGGUUGGAAGGCAUUGCAUGAGAGUGUAGUUCAUGGCAAGGCUAUUGUCGAAUCUUUUUACGACGCCAAACCGUCUUAUAACUACUACCAGGGUUGCAGUACUGGUGGUCGACAAGGGAUCAAGGAGGUAGAGAUGUUUCCCGAUGAUUUCGACGGAGUUAUUGCUGGUGCGCCUGCAUGGUGGACUUCUCACCAACAGGUCUGGCAAGCAUGGCUUGGAUAUGUUAACUAUAUCUCAAAUGCGUCUAUGAUUCCAGUUUCAAUGUUUGACACCAUUGGAAUGGAGGUUUUGAAGCAAUGUGAUGGCCAGGAUGGGCUGAUUGAUACUAUUAUCUCAGAUCCAUACGGGUGCAACUUCAACCCCGAAACUCUCCUCUGUUCUCAGAACAUUACCAACUCCACCGCGGCUGGAUGUUUGACGGCCGCCCAGCUCGCGACUCUCGACACCAUUACCAACGAUUACAUGGGCACAGACUCCUCGUUGAUCUUUCCUCAUUGGCUGCGAGGCUCCGAGCACUUUUGGGAUCUCAACAUCGACGGUGGUGCUCCGAAUGUCAUCGGAGUUGGCUAUAUACAGUACACGCUCGGACUUGGACCAAGCUGGAACUGGCAAGACUACGGCGAACAAGUAGUAGAGUUAUCGGAACGACUUAAUGUAGGGGAUGCAGAUGCGACAAAUUAUGACAUGAGUCCAUUUUUCAACGCGGGAAAGAAGCUCAUCCAUUACCACGGUCUAAGUGAUGGCGGAAUCGCUACAGGUGCGAGCUUUUACCUGCGUGAUCAUAUCGAUCGAGCGGUCACGCCGAAGGGAAUCAAGCUUGACGAUCAUUAUCGCUUUUUUGCUAUUCCUGGCAUGGGACAUUGUACAGACACCGCGGACUACGUGAACGCGCCAUACUUCAUUGCUGGAAUCUCCAUGACAAAUAAUGGACAACAUUCAGUCCCUGGCUACGAAGACGCCCAACACGAUAUCCUAUAUGCCCUCAUGAAUUGGGUUGAGAAUGGCACGGCGCCGGAAUAUAUCAUCGGGACUGCGUAUUCCAACUUUACAACCGAAGAUGAGAUCACGCGCCAGCGUCCGAUUUGUCCACACCCGCAGCAGGCUAAAUACCGUGGACUUGGUGACCCUAACGAUGCAUCAUCUUGGGAGUGCAAGCUUCUUUAUUAA